AUGCCUGCAGCAGAUCGUAAAAAGGUUGCAUUAGUCACUGGUGCAUCAUCGGGAAUUGGGUUUGCUACCUCAAUUGAACUCGCCAAAAGGGGAUAUGUUGUUUUUGCAGGUGCAAGAAGGUUGGAGCCAAUGGCUAGACUAAGGGAAGAUUAUGGUGUAAAUAUCUUCAAGUUGGAUGUUACUGACUUGCAAAGUGUCAAGGAGGCCAAAAGUUACAUUGAAAAAGUGACAGGAACAAGCUACUUGGAUAUCUUAUUCAACAACGCUGGUCAAAUCUGUACUAUGCCUGCAACUGACGUUACUGACAAACAAGUUGAACAAUGUUUUGAGGUGAAUGUGUUUGGAGCAAUGCGUAUGGUUAGAGAGUUUGUGCCUCUUUUGAUCAAUGCCAAAGGUCUUGUUGCCUUCACAGGUUCAAUUGCCGGAGUCAAUCCAUUUCCAUUUCAAAGUACAUACACAGCAACGAAAGCUGCAAUUGAGCUGUACGCCUCGGUUUUGAGGAUCGAGUUGAAACCUUUUGGAGUCAAGGUGAUCAAUUUGAUCACAGGGUUGGUUGGAACAAACAUUGAGGACACGAGGGAUUUGCCAGAGACAUCUCUUUAUAAUGUUCCAGGAAUGGAGGAGUCAUUUGAAGAGAACAGGAAAAGUGUCACCAGGAACAAUCCAACACCGGCGGAUGUUUAUGCCAGACAAGUUGUAAAGGACUUUGAGAAUGCCAAGUUGGGAGGCUCGUUGCACUUGUACCGCGGCAAAAUGGGAUUUCUUUUGGGAUUUGUUGCCCCUCUUCUUCCAAGAACCAUACACGAGUCAACACUCAUUCGCAGUCUCAAGCUUGACGGUCCAUUUGAGUACAUAAAAAAGAAAUAUUCUUCGGGUACAAUAGCUUAA